AUGAUGAUCGACAAAGCUGUCAUCGUUGCUACUUCUUCUAAUCAUGCUGAGAUAAUAGCAAUCUAUGAAGCUAGUAGAGAAUGCAUAUGGCUGAGAUCAGUAGUACAUUCCAUCAAAGAGAGAUACUUGAAGCUUGAUAUCAAGGUACCUACAGUCAUAUUCAAAGACAAUGCAGCAUGCAUAGCUCAACUAAAAAUAGGCUUUAUAAAUGGAGAUAGAACGAAGCACAUUUCGUCAAAGUUAUUCUUCCCGCACGAUCUUCAGAAGAAUAGUGAUAAUGAUGUGCAGCAGAUCCGUUCUUGUGACAAUCCAACAAAUUUGUUCACCCAAUCUUUACCAACUUCAACCUUUGAGAAGAUGGUACAUAAUAUUGGAAUGCUAAGACUGAAUAAGUUGAAUUGA